AUGCCGCUCCUCGAUCUCCCACCAGAGGUAUUUGGACAUGUCGUUCAUGAGCUAAUUGAUGUCGCUGGUAUCAACGGAGCCUGGAAACUCCGUGGAGUCUGUCAUACCUUCCAGUCUGCUAUAACGCACGACAUCUUCACCAAUCAAACAGUCAAGACAUUCAAGCGAACUGCAGGGUGUAUCCUCCACAAGAAGGCAGGACUCUACCUCUACUAUCGAAGCAAGAAACCUCUCGAUGCACAUCCUUAUCUGCCAGAUAUGGUAAACGAUAUGGUCAAUUACCUAGCGAAGGAACUGGGUAUUGAAUCAGACAACGGAAUGGAAACUCUGCGACAGAGUCUUUGCGAUGGUCUUCAAGCAUUCUGCUCCUCUUAUCAAGUCUUAUCGAUCUUGACAGGCCGACGACUGAAGGCAACCUCUGCUCCACCUGCAUUCGGAAGCUUCGAGAAAUUGGUGUCGGCACUCUCGCUCGGACAUCAUCAUCUUGUACGAGCCUUGGUGCAAAGAUUGCCAAGCCUUGCCAUUCACCCUGUCUUCGGUGCGCCUCUACUGCGUGCAACAGACCUGAAAGACGAAGCCGCGGUGAAGAGCAUUUUAGAUGGCAUCUCAAUGGUCCUUGCCAACAGAAACACAACGGUCUCUAUUCGAGAUGCUAUCCAGAUGGAAAAACCACUGUCUCGGGCGUUAUGUCCCGAAAGAGGUUUUGGUGUAGGGAAUGCAAUGUACACUGUUAUUUACCGGGGUCAUGCGAACCUACUGAGCCUGCUGGUAACCUCGUACACAGAUCACGGUUUCACGUUGUUCAAGAAUGUCUACAAUCAUUUCUUGGACAUUGCUAUCGAAAAUUCCAGCCUCGCAAUCGUAAAAGCCGUUCUCGAUAUUCCAUUCGCUAAGUAUGGUUCUGCCAAGAAGGUCACCUGGACUCAGUACCGACACGCGUGUGUGUGUGGUCGCAAAGAUGUGGUGAAGCUUUUCUUGGAUGAUGGCUGCAUUGAUGCCAACGACAAAGUAUCGGCUACAUCACCACUAUUCGAGGCGGUGCUAUCAGGCCGCCUGUCCAUCGUCAAGACUCUUGUAGAAGCUGGUGCGGACGUAAAUCAAGAGUCUAUUUGGUGUCGCACGAAGCAGCUGCCCAUUAUGAUCGCGAUCAAGAAGCAGAACUUUGCGAUUAUUCGAUAUCUACUGGAUAUGGGUUCAAAUCUGCCUGGAAUAUCGACCUGGCCCGGGGAAUGGAAAUACACUCAUGUCUAUGAUGUACUGUGA